CGCGCCGCGAGUGUCGUGCGCAACAUGGCGGCGCCCAGGGAGGCUGAGGAUGCCGGCGGCCGGUGAGAAGUUCCGGUCGCCGGUGAGAAGCUUCGUGCGGCCCGAGUGCGCAGCGUGCGGUCUCUCCGCUCAGUGUUCCCCGCGCUCAGCUCUCGCGCGGUCGUUCUCCCAGGCCCCCGCGCGAUGUGGAGGAGCUGCCUCCGGCUGCGGGGCGGGGGUCGCCACCUCCUGAACUGCCCCCGGGGUGGCCUCACCGCCUCCAGGGGGCCCGGGCCAAAACCCCCGGCCCACGCCCGGGCCUACGCGCCCCCAGCAGCAGAAAGGAAGAGGUUCUAUCAGAAUGUCAGCAUCACACAGGGUGAAGCUGGCUUUGAGAUCAAUCUGGACCACAGGAAGCUGAGGACUCCCCAAGCCAAGCUCUUCACCGUCCCCAGCGAGGCCCUGGCCGUCGCUGUGGCCACUGAGUGGGACUCUCAGCAGGACACCAUCAAGACAUACACCAUGCACCUGACCACACUGUGCAACACGUCUCUAGACAACCCGACCCAGCGAGACAAGGACCAGCUCAUCUGGGCAACCGCAAAGUUCCUGGACACUGACACCGUCUGCUGCAGGGUGGAAGAACCAGAGACGCUGGUGGAGCUGCAGAGGAACGAGUGGGACCCAGUCAUAGGCUGGGCCGAGAGGAGAUACGGCGUGAAGAUCGGCUCCUCCACCAGCAUCAUGGGGCCCAGCAUCCCAGCCCGGACUCGGGAGGUGCUGGUCAGCCACCUGGCCUCUUACAACAUGUGGGCCCUACAAGGGAUUGAGUUUGUGGUGAGCCAGCUCAAGUCCAUGGUGCUGACCUUGGGCCUGAUCGACUUGCACCUGACGGUGGAGCAGGCUGUGCUGCUGUCGCGCCUGGAGGAGGCCUUCCAGAUCCAGAAGUGGGGCAACGUCGAGUGGGCCCACGACUACGAGCUGCGGGACCUGCGGGCGCGCACGGCCGCCGGCGCCCUCUUCGUGCAACUCUGCUCCGAGAGCUCGGCCGUCAAGCACAAGCUGCUGCAGGGGGGACAUGGGUUCGAGCCCUGGUCCAGGAAGAUCCCACAUGCCACGGAACAACUAAGCCCGUGCGCCACAACUACUGAGUCUACGCUCUAGAGCCCGCGAGCCACAACUACUGAGCCCUCGCACCUAGAGCCCAUGCUCCGCAACAAGAGAAGCCAUGGCAAUGAGAAGCCCAUGCACCACAACAAAGAGUAGCCCCUGCUCGCCACAACUAGAGAAAGCCCGCGCACAGCAACGAAGACCCAACAGCCAAAAAAAUAUAUAAAUAAAU